AUGGCAGGAUCGCAGCCAGUAAAGGACCUGUUGGACGUGUUCAUUGACGAGGUAGAGAGUUCGCACAAGCGAAAGUCCAAUAGCAAGACACACAGACACAAGGGGUCAUCUGGAGAAGCUGGUGCAGCGGGGGAUGUUGGGGCAGCGGGGGAGGCUGGGGAAACGGGGGAGAGUGGAGCAACAGCGGAAGUUGGAGCGGCAGGGAGGAUUGGGGUAGAAAGAGCGUCUGAGGCCGCAGGAGUAAAGGCAGCAGAUAUUGGGGCGUUGAGAGGAGGGGAGGUGAAAGGAACAGCUAUUGGGGCAUCCCAGGGUGAGGUAGAGGGGCGAGCAACAGAAGGGCGGAAGGGAGGUGAGGAGGAAGAUGGGAUGGGGCCGCGAGAGAAAGGGCGGGGUUUGGAGUGCACAUUAGAUGAGCGCUCAUCUAAUAGUAAGGCGGCUGGACCAGAUACAGAAGUAGCAACAGCAACAGCAGCGCCAGACUCAGCUCCUUUACCUACAGAGACAUAUGUUCUGAAUAAUCCGGCUUGCGAGCUUGCAAGGCACGCUGGCGCCACAUCGGAUGCCACGUCAGAUCCUCAUGCUGGGAGCUUAAGCACAAACGGUCCUCCUCCUCCUGUUCACAGCGACCCUGCUACAGCCUGCUCCGCGGAUUCAGUGCAUCUAGACAAUCCCAAGGGCGCCUCGGGGAAGGCUGACAAUCCCAAGGCUGGUUCAGGGGAGGUGAAAAAUCCCGGAGCUGCACAACAGGAUACAGGGGAACCAGCAGGCUUAGGUUCGGGAUGUACAGACCAGGCAGGUAGCUUCGGUGGUGUGGUUCGGGCCAGCCCUGGCGAGGCUGAAGCAGGGGCGGGUUUUGAGGGAGAGGUUGGGAGAGUAGGUUCGGGGAGAGACGGACCUGUCGUCCGAACCUGGGAGGUUGACCCGGAGCGCCGAGCCAAGAGCUGGAGAAGAGACGUGGAGGCCGAGUUCUCUAGGGGUGAAAAGAAGAGAAGAGGCUCGAAGGCGCAGGUAGUAACAGCUCCGGAAGCAGCAGGUGUGGGCGAUGGGGAUGGUGUAAGCAGAGGACCAACGGUUGUGAUUGACUCUGGAGCGGAGGCAGCUAAUAAGGAGCGUCAGAUGGAGCAGCCCGUACGUGCUAUUGGUAAUGCAGGUACAGGGGAGGGCGGAGGGGGCGAUAGAAAGGAGGGCGGGGGCACGUAUGUGAAUUUAGACGCGCCUCUGAUUUCGUCUGGUGAGGGGGAGGGUGGUGGUGGCACGUACCUGUUUGCAAUGAAGCUGCGACGAGUGAGGAGCUCGGGAGAUGUCACGAAAGGGGAUGUCUCUAAAGGGGAUGUUGUUUCUAACGGGGAUGCUACUGACGCGGAUGUUGUCAGCAGCGGCGCUGCACCUGCGAGUGCUGGGGUGAAGGCCAGGCAGGAGGGGAAGGGGAGCCUGUUGGGUGUGCUGGAGCAUGAGUGCAUGGGGGAGGGGGAGGGAAGGAGUAAGGAGGAUGAGGAAAGAAGCAAGGAGGGUCAGGAGGGGAGGAAUGAGGAGGCGGAGGGCCAGGCUAGCCCCAGCAGCAGUAGGCCGGUGCAAGGCAUGCAGAGAGACAGUGGCUUGGUGAUGCGGGGAAAUGGUGCUGUGGUGCAGAGGAAGCGAGCACUGACGGGUGAGGAGAACGCACAAGGAGGAGAUGAGAGGGAGGGAGGGCAGGGAAGCCGAGGGCAAAGGGAGGCCGAGGAGAAUGGUGGUGGCGGGGGUGGUGAUGAUGAUCUGAUGCUUACUGGCAGCUUCUCCUGCUUCGCCAGGAGUGUCUCCGCCAACCUUCCCCCAGCCUCCCCCAGGUCACCCUCCCUCCAACGCCCUCUAGCCUCCUCGCCCCGGGCUUCAUCAGCCAAAAGGGGCGUGUCCAUAGUCCUUCCCACAGCCCCUGUCCCAACCUCCCCCAAUCCUACCUCCCCCAAGCCUCCCUCCUCCACGCUUCUUUCCCCCAGGCCUGCCUCCCCCAAGCCUGCCUCCCCCAAGCCUGCCUCCCCCAAGCCUGCCUCCUCCAAGCCUGCCUCCCCGAAGCCCACCUCCCCCAAGCUCUCCUCCCCCAAGCCCGCCUUUGCCGAGCCUACAUCCCCUAAGCCUGCUGCCAAUGCUGCCUCCUCUGCUCCUGCUUCUCCUGCUGCUGCCACCUGUGCAACCACCGCUGCUGUCACUGCUGCUGCCGCUGCUGGUUUGGAGCAGCAAGAAGCAGACGAAGACGCCCUUCUCCUCUCUCUUGAAUCACACUCGUUCAAGUGCAUAAGCAGCAGCAACAAAGCCAUCCAAUUAAUGGCACGAUCGCGCAGCGAUCCUGACGCUCCAUCGGCAUCUCUGCUUGAUCCAAUGGCUGACGUCGUCCUUCCUCCCCACUUCCCCACCCUUCCCCAUCUUUUCACCCCUCCUCGCCUCGCCACUCCCCCUCGUCCACGCUCUCGGGGAGGCUACAGUAAACUGCAGGUAGAUCUAGCAAUCAUCACGACUGUAUCGGAUUUUAUCGGAUUUGAUUUGUUUGGGGAUGGGGAGGAGGAGAAGGGGGGAGGUGCGUCUGGAGAAGGUGAGUCUGGGGCAGGUGGGAUGGACCCGUGGGGUAUGGUUGCUGCUGUGGGUGGGUCGCUCUGGCCUAUGAGUGACUGUACAGAGGGAGAAGAAGCGGCACAAACUGGUAAGGUGCAAUUGAAUUCCGCAGAGGUGCUUGUGGUUGAUUCUACAGAGGGUGACUGUAUGGAGGGAGAAGAGGCAACUCAGGAGGUGCUAGAUGAUGCAGCAGGUGUGCAAGAGAUGAGUGGGGAGGAUGUGACUAAAAAGGAUGUGAAUGGGGAGGAUGUGAUUGGAGAGAAUGUGGCUGUAACGGCAGCUGAAGGGGUGAUCGAAAGCAGAGGGCAGGCAGAUGGGACUGUAGAGGAUGUGAGUGUUGCUGAGGAUGUGUCUGGUGGCGAUGUGACUGUAAAGGGGGUGAUCAGCGAGAAGGUGCAUAUAAGGGAGGUGAUUGUAGCAGCCUCGGCAUUGUGGAGGGACGUGAUUGAGCACCGGGAGGAUGUUGAUAUGGCUGUAGAGGGGGCUCUGGUGGAUAGGGUUACCACACGGAGUGAUGAGGGAGAGAAGGGAAGAGGCAUGGAGGAGGCGGAGAGCAGAGUGAAACGAAUAGGUGCGGGUGCUGAUAUGGCUGCUGAUGUGGCUGCUGAUGUGGCUGCUGAUGUGGCUGCUGAUAUGGAUGAUGUGGAUACUACAGACGAUAAGGUGCCGAGCUGGCAGCAGGUGUGCAAGCAGGGGGAGGUGAUUGUAACGAAGGCCAAGCUUCUUAUGAGGCUGGUGGCAGUGGCAGGCGUGGUGAGAGCGAUAGAGGCUGCGGCAAACGUUGAGGAGGUGACUUGUGAGGCGGCGCCUGUCAUGGGGAAGCGGCGAGAGAAUUCAGGGGUGAAGGGAAGGAGAGAAAGAAUUUUGAUGAAGGGAAAGAGGGAAAGGUCAGGGGGUGUGGGAGCAGCAGGAGGGAAGGAGGGUAGAGGAGACAGGGAGGGUUCAAUGAAGGGGGAGGAGGCAGGGCGUGUGGUUGCUGGGGCGCCUGUGACAGAAACGAGUGUGCUUGUACGGGGGGCUGCAAGUUUCUUGGAUGAAGUGAGAGAUGGGGUGGGCAGGUUGAUUAAAGGAGUUGAUUAUAACAGAGGUACCACACCUGACGAUCUGCGGCGGGAGGGAAUAAAAUCCGCAGAUAAUAGAAUCUGCGGAAAUUUUGUCGUCAGCCAGAGUGACGCCGCCCAGAUUGCGCUGAGUCUUGUGGCGGCUUCUGUCCGGCAUUUUUGUCUUGUAGCAGAGGAGGGCGGUUGCAGGGAGGGCGGCAGCGGUUUGGGCAGGGAGAUGGGUGGUGUGCGGUGGGGUGGGAAGCUUCUGAGAAAGGCAGGGAGGAGCUGUGCUGCUGUGAUUCGUGCUGCUGCCAUGCUUGCAGGUAGGGUGAUUGGGGAAGAGUUUGGAGCGGAGGAGACAAGGGGAGAGGGAAGAGAGGGAGGAGGAGAAGGGAGAAGGGAGGGGGGUGAGGAGGAGCAAGAGGACGGGGUGCGAGCAGCAGCAGAUUCGCUACUGCAUGCCGCAGAGAGGCACUUAAGACUGAUGAAGGGCGUUGAGAGAAGGCAAGGGGAGCUGCAGCUCCUGCAGCAGCAACAGGGGCGGGAGAUGCAGGAGAAGCAGGUGCAGCAACAGGAUCAGUCGGUGCCAGAGGGGGUCUUGAUUAUCGACGAAAGCAAGGAGGGAGGCAGGGAAGUGAAAGGGGGAAGCAGGGAAGGUGGUCUCUUGGGUGAACUGGCAGGUGGUCACAUUGACAAGAGACAUGUGAGACGUGAGCAACGGGCUGCUGCUGCUGCUGCUGCUGCUGUUGCGGGUCUGGCUCUGCAUUUGGCUCACAACACUGAGAUGCUGGUGCUACCUUGGUACUUGCCUCCUGAUGGGCGUGCGAUUCUGCUGAGAGGAGGGAUGGGCAGGGGGAGGGCAAGGCGGGGGUUCUUGCUCAGCAAAAUUCUUUUCCGGGCAGCUCAGCUGGGCCAGGUGUUUCUGUCGCAUUGGACAGCCAGAGUACCUGAUUUUGCGGCGGAAAGUGAACCUGAGGAAGGGAGGGAGUGUGAGGGUUCGGGGCACAAAACACAGGCUGUAAGGGACGGAGCUGUGGUGCAAGGCCACGGAGCGGCGGACCCAAGGUUCACUGCUAGCCUGCCUGCUGCUGCUGAGAUUACCGCUGAUGGUGGUCUUGCUGCGCGCUUUGCUGCUGGCUUUGUGUGGCUGGUGCGGUGGUCAGGAGGGAUGGCUGCACUCGCAGAGGAGCUGGAGAAGCAGCAGCAGUACCAGACAGAGGGUGGAAGCGCAGGUGGUUGGGAAGAGAGGGGAGAAGGGGAUGGGGGGGUGAAGGGGCUACUAGUGCAGGCGGCAGCAGCUAGGGAAUUGGCACGCGACCUGCUGAUUCAGGCUGAAUUGCAGCAGUCCCAAGAAACGACUGAUGAGGUUGGGGUUACCACCGGUGUCCAUGCUCUUUCGGAGAGGAGUGGGGUUUAUCAUACUGAGGAUAGGCACAAGGAUGAGGUGGACAGUGCAGCGUGGCAGUCUGCCACUGGUGUGCUGAGUCAGCGCACUGCUUUGGCUGAGCUGGCGGGUGCGCAUGCUGAGUCAUGUGUCAGAUUCGCUGAGUCAGCAGCAGCUGGGUCGCCUGGUGACGCCUGGCAAGACCUGCUGCUGCAGGCGGAAGGGUUGGUGGUGGAAGCUUCCAAGCAGCUUCGGAUGCUGUUGCAGGCAAAGAAGCAACGAAGCAGCAGCAGGAGGCAGCAGAAGGGAUGGCAGGGCGGGUAUCCAACAGAAAACAGCUGCGAAUAUUAUGGCAGGGGUGGUUUAGAUUUUGUAAAUUAUGGCGGUAUGGACUGUUCAAAUCAUGGGGCUGAAGCAGCAUGUGAGGAUGACUCCUUGUUGCUGGCAGCACUGGUUGAGGAGGCUCAGUCCCAUCGCUCGCUGCUGCUCCAAGCAACGCAAGACAGACCAACGGAGAUAUGCGCAGCUAAGGCUGAAAGCAGGGUUCAUGGCUCAGGGGAGGCUGUGUCUGGGGGAGGUGCAUGUGACUCUGUACCAGAGUCACGAGCAGGGGUGCUGGUGUGCAGAGAGGAAAGGUCUUCUAUCCGUCGCUCUGCUCUGCUUCUGCGUCACCGUGCCUCAUCUCUCCUCCACCGCCUCUCCAUCCCAUUUCCACCUCCACCUGCUGCUGCUGCUGUGAUCCCUGGGCUUUCCCCAUCGUCACCAUCGUCCAACAGGCCUCUCUCUUCCUCCCCCACCACCAGUCACUUGGUCGUGUCAGCAGCAGCUACUGCAGCCAGGCUUGUGACCUCCUCUUCCCUCCUUGCUUCUCUCCUGCAAGCGCUUCUGCUUCUCUCCCCUGAUGAUCCCAGACCUGCUCCUGAUGCAUCACCAGCUUCUGCAGCCCUGCCUGCUGCUUUGCUGAGUCAGCAACAUGCCACCGUCCACUCACUCGCCCUUGCCCUUGCUGAUGUGGCAGCUGACCUGGACACGCAGCUAGCCAGGCUGGCAGACGCAUGCCUCCGCCAUGCUGCCUGCACUGAUCCUGCCGGUGCUGACGUGGCACUUGCGUAUUGGCUGCUGGACGCAGGGCAAGAGCUGGUGACUCACUCCCAUUGGCUCAUACAAGGAACAGGUAAAGGGAAGUCAGGCGUUACAAGUGUUACCGAUGUUACAAGUGUUACAGGAGCAGAAGCAGCAGCAGGACCAGCAGCAGCAGUGAACAGCGUGGGUUGUAUCGCUGCUUUGUCUCUCAGGCUGCUGAAAGUUCUCUUCUCCUUCUUUUGUGGCAUGCACCAGCCCUCCACCAAUGCUGCAUCCCCCAUUUCUUCCUUUUCAGACCGCCCUGCUCCAGUCGUACCCACCCUGCCUCUACUGCCCGCCUCGCUGACCUCUCGCCUGCAGCAGCUAGAAGCUGCUAUGGGCCUGCUAGUCCCUGCACAGGCACACGCGCACGGGAGGGCUUCUGAACCGCAGCAUCACAACCCACUGUCCCCCCCACAGCAAGGGCUCUCUGUGCGGAGCAAACAGGGCAGUGGCAGCAGUGGCAGUGCCGUGACAGCAGCACGCACUCUCUGUGUGUCGUGGCUUAGCCUGUGCUCUGAGGCCCUCUCUCUCAUGGCCGAUAUCCGCACUCGGCUGAGUCAGCUCUAUGUGCUUUCCCAUUCCCAUGACAGGGGGCUUGCACAUGCCCACUCUGCCACUGAUGCAGCAGCCGCGCCUAUCCCCUUGCUGAGACCCUUUAAACCCCAUCUGCCUAUAGCAGCAGCAGCAGCUGUUCCUGUGGUGUCUGCGCUGCUGCUGCGCUGCCUCUUGAGGCUGGGGGGUGCUGUGGCGGAGGUGUGGGGGGAGACUGGUGGGGGAAAGAAGGGGAAUUGGGGGAGCCGGGGGAAGAGUAGGGGCGGAAGGGACGGCAGAGGGAGUGAAGGAAGCGGCAAGGGUGGUGACGGGUUGGGAUUGGAAGGGGAGGAGGAGCUUUGCUGUGGAUGGGUGUACGCUUGGGAUAGUGACGGUUCUGCUGCUGCUACUGGCGAUGCUGGUUCCCACACCCCUGUCCCCCCUCUUGCCUCUGCAGCAGCAUCAGCAGCAGCAGAGGUCACCCUCCUGUCCUUGCUCCAUCACAACAUGCCCUUCCCACUACCAUCCCCAUUAUCCGACCACAAAAGUUCGGGACAAGGUAGAAAACGGGAGGAAAGGGGCGAGCUAGUGGAUAGUCAUGGAGGGGAGAGAGGAGGAGGGGAGCAGACAGAAGGAGGAAAAGAGGGAGAACAAGUCAAGGAGCCGUUUCUGGAUGGGGGAAUUUCUCGGCCUGUUCUCUUUGGCGAUCUCUGUGCUUCCAUUUGUUCCAAUGCUGCUGCCGCGUUGACAGGAAAUGCCACAGAUCUUGCAGAUGUGGCUGGUAGUAACCCUGAGAAUGCUUCUGCUACAGCUGCUGGCAGUGCAGGGUCGUCAGCCCAGCUUCUUCCUGCAGUGGCGAUGGCGGGAGCAGCAGCCGUGGUGGCUCACACUAUGGUGCAUGCGCUUUCUCUGGAGAUCACUCUUUCCCUAGGCGUGCAAUCCGCUGUUACAGCAGAGGAGGAUCUCGCUCGGGCAGCUGGAGGAGCGUUCCGAUUGGCUUCUGAGGCUGCCCGGCACGCCGGGCGGCUAGAAUUGGAAGCUUCUUGGGAAGCACUGGGAAUGGAUGGCAGCAGCAAGGGGGGGGUGAUUGGCAGUAGGGGCCCUCCCAAAGCCAGGCAUCUGCUCUUUGAGAGACAUGCAGCAAUGAAGCCUUUGGCUCAUGCCAAGAAGGUAGAGGCAGAGUGGAUGUGGGGUGGGGGCGAUGAGGAUGAGGAGGAAGGGGAUGAGGAGGAAGAGAAAGAGGUGGAGGAGGAGGGAGAGGGUAGGCGCAGCGAGAAUGUGGAGGGUAGAGGAAUUGGAAAAGGGGAAACUGGAAGGUUCAGUGGCAGAAGGAUCGGCAGCAGGUUCGCGGGGAGCAAGUUUGGGGGAACCAGGAGAGUGAACGUGGAGUUGCUUAUAGAGAGUGUGAAUAUAGCCGCAGAGCUGGCAUACCACAGCCAUAGAGUGCUGACCAAAUGCGUGGAGGGUGUGGGUUCCGGCUGGGUUGGGGAGGUCACAGAAGCUGCUCUUUCCGCACAGAUUAUUGACGCAACUGGAGGCUUUGCGUCUGAUUUGAAUAUGAGAGGAGGUGCUGGUGUGGUGAGGGUCUCUGCUACCAGUGGGGUGAGAGCAUAUGGGGAUGUGGAUAUGAGUGCACCCAUCCCUGUUCUCUCCGUGUUUGCAGUCAAGCUGCAGACACCUGCUGCUGCUGCUGCUGUGGGAGAGUCAGCAGCGUCGGCAGGAGGGGUACGGGGCGCAGGAGAGGGGGAUGGUAAGGUGCUGCAAGGAACAGACGAAGCUUCUGUCGCCACCCCAUCCCCCCUCCUCUCCUCCUCAUCUCCGUACCUUCCUCCGAGCUCCAGCUGUCACUCCGCCAUUCGUCCGACGCCCCAUGCUGACGUCAUCCUCCCCAUCCCUCUCUUCCUCUCGUCUUCUGAGGAGGAUCGGAGCAGCUUCGGCACGGACCCAACCCUGGAGCAUGUUUGGUGUAGCCCCAGCCUAGGGCCGAGCCACGAUCAGCCUCGGAUCAGCUCCGGACUUGACUUGGCUCGGGAGCAGGCUCGAAGCAGCCUUGAAAGUGGGGGCAGUGGGAACGAGAGGGGUGGGAGGGAGGGGAGGAAAGGAAGGGAGAAGGAGAAGGGGAGGGAGAGGAGGCGGAUGGAGUUAGUGACAGGAGGAGGUAGGGCGGAUACUGGUACGGCAUCUUUUGCAUCAGCUGUAUCAGCAGCAUCAGCAGUUUCAGCAGUUUCAGCAGCAUCAGCAGCAGCAGGAGCAGGAGCAUCGUCUAUUGAAGGUUCGGAUGGUGGAUCCAGGUUGAGAAGGGUGCAAUCCGGUGGGAGUCAAGGCAAGGAGAGCAUUGGCAGCAGGAAGGGGGGUGGGGAGGAGGGAGCGGGAGAAGGAGGGGUGUCAGCAGGGGGGAAGGGAGAAGGAGGAGGAGAAGCAAAGGCAGGAGAGAAGCUGGUUCGUGGUGGUUCGGGAGCUGGAGGUUCGGUAGGAGGCUCCCCAGCCGGAGGUCCGGUAGGAAGAGGCUCGGGAGCAGGCUCAGGAGCAGGAGGUGGGAGUGACACGGGCAGCUUGAAACUUAGCCUUGGUUCCCUCCUGGGAUCACAGGGUUCGGGCAGCUUGAAUGAAGCAAUAAAUCUUUUUUUGGAGGAACUGGAGGUUGGAGAGGGGCGAGGGGGGCGAGAGAAGAAGGGGAGGAAGGUGAGAAGGAAAGGUGGGGAGGGUAGCAUGGAAAAAGGGGGGAUGGAGAUGGGUGGUGGGGAUGCAGAUAUGCCUGCAGAGACAGAUGCAGAGUCAGAAACAGGAAUUGAGACUGAGAUUGAGAGUGAUGCUUGGAGUGUGUCUAUUGGGGGUUGGGGCUCGUCUGUUGGAAUUGGGGUGGAGGGAGAGGAGGAGAUGAGGGGGGAGUUUGAGGGGAGGAAACGGGGGGUUGGGGAGAGGAGUGGGCAGAGAGAGGGGAAGGGGGAGAAGGAGGAGAGUGGGAGAGAGGGUGGUUUGGGUGGGGGGGUGGAGGGAGGGACGGGUGGGGAGGGUGUGGAGGAGGAAGAUGAAGACGAGGAGUGGUAUCAAGAACUGCUGAAGAACAUGCGCGAUGUGGACUUGGGGUUUGGGAAAGAGGUUAUAGCAUCUGAACAAGAAGAAGGGGCAUGUGAGAGGGAAGAGACAACCACUGAGGAAGGAGUGAGGUCCUUUGGGCUUAGUCGAAGUUUAGUAAGGGGUCUUCUGGAGGAGGAAGGAGGGGAAACGGAGGAGAGCGGGAAACGGCAAGGGGCAAAUGAGCCGGGGCAGUGGGGGCAGUGGGGGCAGUGGGCGUGGGGGAGAAGGUUUCAGGGAGAAGAAAAGGGGAAGGAGAAGGGAGUGGGGGUGACAGGAGUGAUGGUGGCGAGACGAGCGAAGUGA